AUGCAAUCAGAUUUUAACAACUUGCCUGUGGGAAAAAUCACGUGCGGAGGCAACCCCGGGCCUGUGUGGCGGCAACCCGCGGGGGUGGGGGAUGUGGGCAGCGGAGUCCUGGAGGCUUCCACGCCGACAGGUCCCACAUACAGGCGAGAAAGGUCUAAGGUUCCAGAGGUCGGAAGCUUGGUGGCGGCAGGCUUCAGAAGACACGUGGAGUCCUUGGGCUUAAGAAGUUUAUUGUUCAUGGCAUGUCCUUUAAUAUCUUCUCAGGAUAAAGCCAUGAAAACCACUGAAGAAGUGGCUCUUCAGAUCCUUUUGCUUUGUCAGGUUGGGAUAGGGACUGUAGCUAAUAUUAUUCUGUUUGUCCAUAAUUUGUCUCCACUUUUGACUGGAUGUCAGCUGAGGCCCAGACAAGUGAUUUUUACUCACAUGGCUGUGGCCAACAUUUUGAUUCUCCUCAUGACUGUGUUUCCAAACAAUGUGAUGAGUUUUGCUCAAAGGAAUUCUCUGAAUGACCUCACAUGUAAACUUGAAUAUUUCCUUCUCCUGAUGGCAAGAAGCACAAAUUUGUGCUUCACCUGUAUCCUGUGCUGCUAUCAGUUUGUUACUCUUGUUCCUGGUAAUUUUGGUGAGCUGAUGCUCAGAAGAAGUCCCAAGGUCAUAAGCUAUUCCUGUUGCAGUUGUUGGUUGUUUGGUGUCUUAUAUAAUGUCUACAUUCCAAUGAAAGUCAGUGGUCCACAGAACACACAUAAUGAAACUGACAUUAAAAGUAAGUGGGUCUGUUUUACCUCUGGCUUCAGUGUAGGCAUUAUCUUUUUACAGUUUGCCCAUGAUGGUAUAUUUAUCAGUGUCACGAUCUGGACCAGUGUCUCCAUGGUACAUAUCCUGUACAGACACCACCAGAGACUAAAGCACAUUCUUACUCCCCAUCAAGAACACAAAGGCUAUGCUGAGAUCAGAGCAGCCCAUAGUAUUGUGAUGCUUGUGGUCACAUUUGUAAGCUUUUAUCUUCUACAUUGUAUUUGCUUUAUCCUUCACAUGUUUUUUGUAGACUCUUGUCUGUGGCUGAGACAUGUAGGCGAAGUUUUAAUGUCAAGCUUCCCCACUAUUUCUCCUUUACUGUUGAUCUUGAGAGAUCCUAAUUAUCCUUGUUCUCUUAUUUUCAACUAUUGA